AUUUUCCUCAGAAACUUGAGACUGCAGGAUCGGUGAUCACCUCCCGCUACAAUAAUGAAUUACUUCUGUAAAGAAGAGCCUGAGAAGAGCAGGAUGGAUGAAGAUCCUCCUAAGCCAAAAACAGAAGAUCAUGGACAUGGUUUUAAAUUCCGUUAUGAAAGCAAGGUUAUAACCAUCACCUGUAAGGCACCCAUGAGCCUUCUGGAAAGACUUCAAGAGAACUUUUUUUUUAAAGCCAUUUGUAAGAAAAAGCAGGAGAAGAAGGAGCUGGUGAUCCAAAGAUCUCAGGCACCAAGAGGAGCGGUGAGCCCGGACUUGCCCUGCUGUCUGAUUAAUGAAGACGAGAUCCUAAAAAUCUUCUUCAUUAAGUCAGAAGGAAACAGGGUUACAGGGCCGAGGCCCAAACUUACUCGUUCUGUAAUGACCAGAGAGGACUUGGUUACCUUUUACAUCAGGACCAGGGGAGAUGAACAUAUCCGCAAGACGAUGAGAAACAACGAGUUAAAGAAAACUGUGGAUUAUGUUUGUGUUUAUGCAUUUAAAGGGGAGAAAGUGAAAACGGCACUAAAGCGAGAUGGCCGAUUUGUUGGUGUGGUUUUUAAGAAUUGUGCGCUCUCGGAGGAAGGGUCGGGGAACAUCACUGUUAUGUCAGAACCGGUGGACCUUAUGGAUGGGAAGCAGUUCCAGGUUAUUAGGGGUAAAGACUUCCAGACUGAGAGCCAGGAGUCCAGUCAGGAGUACAGCCAGGAGAGUGAAACAGUGAAGACCGAAAGCUGUGAGGAUCCUGGCACUUCUCAUUCAGAAAGUACCAAGCAAGAGUCCACCAACGGUCAUGAGAAAAAACCUCAAACUCCACAGAAAGAGAAGAAAUCCAAAAAAGGUCCAAAUCUAAAAGAGAUACCAGACACACAGGAAAUCCUGAAGCUGCUGCGAGAUCAAUUCAAAGGUUUGCUGGAGACACUGAAAGAGCGAGAGAAUCUGAAAACCACCUCAGGACUACAAAAGUUCUUCAGAGAGGAGUUUAAUAAUAAGGUUCGCAUCUUCAAGAAGGUGAAAAUAAUAAAAGAGUUGAUGUGUUUGUCCAACAAUGUUUGCCAGAUACGAGAUGAUGGUGGUGUAUGUGGGACGGGGUUCCUACUCUUUGACAGGUUCAUCCUCACCAGUGCUCAUGUUGUUAAGACUGAUUGGGAGGGCAGAAACGUGGCAGCUGUUUUUGGGUUUGAGGAGUUACAGAUGGGGGUGAUGAUAAGUUUAAAGGAACUUGUUGCUUACAGGAAAGGGUUGAAUGAAAUGGGAAAUUAUCUGGAUUUUGCUUUGAUGGAACUGGAGUCACCUAAUAAUUUAGAACUUCCUGAAUUACUUAGCCGCUGCUGGGACCCACCCGCUGGGGGGAGGGGGGUCUGCAUAGUUGGACAUCCAGGAGAAGAAGUCAAACAGAUUGACCCCUGUUUUGUCGUUGAUAAAGAGGCCCCUCAGAACACCCAAAGCGACCCUUGUGCUGAUAUCCGAAACCUCUUUCACAUCAUGACGCAGCAGUGUCUGGAAGACGGUUAUGAAAUCAAUGAUUCCAAGAUCCCGUACAGUUCCUGCUUUUACCACGGAUCGUCCGGCUCCCCGGUGUUUGAUGAAUACUGCAAACUGAUUGGUGUUCACACUGGGGGAUAUAAUUACCAAGAACAAGGAUUGAAAAAAGUGAGUGUUGAGUAUGCGCUGCCAAUAUUCCCCACUCUGGUGGAGAUCUACAAGCAGUGCUUGUUAAAGGAAAGAUCUGACGUCAUUCAGCACUUUGGGUCCCACCAAAACUUAGAACCUGUGGUUAAAAGGGGAAAUGAACUUCUGUUGAACAUAAACAAGAAACAGGGGGCCAUUUAAUAACAUCUUAUUUGUUCAUCUAGAAUUAAAUCAUUGAACAGUGCAAGAAGAUCAGAAGAUUUGGGACUUUUGGAGACAUGUACCUUGAUCACCUGUAUAUUAAAAUGUUCCACACACACCAGCACUAACAGAGAAUGUGUUGCUAAUAAAGAGGAUUUAUUAAUCACAACAACACUGCUGCACCUACUACACUCAUAAUAAAUGACACACUCUACAUAAUUAUAAUUUUCUCAGCAUUAUGUUGCGCAUUAUUAUGUUCAAAUCUUGUAAAGCUCUAUCAUUUUGCUUUGUCUUUUUUCCUUUUUCUACUUUAAAUUGCUUGUAUUUUCUAAUCAUAAUUUAAAUUUCUACUUUAAUCUUAAAUAUUCUACAAAUUGUACAUGUAAAAAAAAACCUUUAUAUUCCAGAUUUAUAUGUGACUGAGCAGUCACAAAAUCAUUGCCAGUUCUCUGUAUGAAUAUGUAUGUGAUGAAUAAAUGUAUAGAGCUGAAAUGUCAAUAAAACAG